CGCUGAUUACCGCGGACGCAGCGUUUACGCGCAGCCGACGCAUAAAGUGGAUAUACUGAACACCUGCAUGGGGAAACUCUGAGGGCUUUAUUCCUUUUUUUCUGUCUUCUGCCUCUGCUGGGAACCAACUGGCAACUGGAAUGGAACUGAAUCUGUCGAAGAAUGGGAUUUCUUGCGGGGAUCCAGGUGGGAUGAAUUUGGACAGAAUCGCAGAGGCAGUGAGAGCACCGCCGCCCCGCGACGUGGCCCCCGCGUUUCAUUUACCGAGAACUUCCAACAGCAGUCGAGAAACUUUAGAGAACUCAAGCAGCGAGUCUUCAGACACAGAGUUGGCAGAAAAGGAGAGGAGCACUGAACACAGGAGCGAUGACGGGAACGCGGACGAUCCCAAGAAGAAGAAGCAGCGGCGGCAGCGGACUCACUUCACCAGCCAGCAGCUGCAGGAGCUGGAGGCCACUUUCCAGAGGAACCGGUAUCCGGAUAUGAGCACCAGGGAGGAAAUCGCCGUGUGGACCAACCUGACUGAGGCCAGAGUCCGGGUGUGGUUCAAAAACCGCCGGGCUAAGUGGAGGAAGCGGGAGCGCAACCAGCAGAUGGACCUGUGCAAGAACAGCUACCUGCCGCAGUUCAGCGGCCUCAUGCAGCCUUAUGACGACAUGUACCCGGCUUACACCUACAACAACUGGACCAACAAGGGCCUCACCCCGGCGCCGCUGUCUACCAAGAACUUCACCUUCUUCAACUCCAUGAGCCCCCUCACCUCGCAGUCCAUGUUCUCCGCGCCCAACUCCAUCUCCUCCAUGACCAUGGCAUCCGGGAUGGGCCACUCGGCCGUGCCGGGCAUGCCCGCCCCGGGCCUCAACAACAUCAGCAACCUGAACGGGAUCGGCACGUCCGGCAUCAACUCGGCCAUGUCGUCGCCCGCGUGUCCGUACGGGCCCCCCGGCUCUCCGUACAGCGUUUACCGGGACACUUGCAACUCCAGCCUGGCCACCCUCAGACUCAAAUCCAAACAGCAUCCGACCUUUGGAUACAGCGGCCUGCAGAGCCCCGGCUCGAGUCUGAACGCCUGUCAAUACAACAGCUGACGGGCCAAAAGCGGGGCCUGAAAUCCACAGCGAUCAAUAAAUCUCUCUGUGAUAAACGGACACGGUGUCAGAGCUUAGAGGCUACCUGCGGAUGGGAAAAAAAAUCAAAGACAACUAAACUGGAUUAGUUGCAGUCAUUUUUUUUUAAAGAAAAAUGGAUUAUGCGGGUUAUAUGUGUUUACCGAUGAACUUGCACAGCAAUUGAAAUGUCCAGGGUUUUUUUUCUUUUUUUAAAUCAUGAAGACGUGUUACAUUGCUGCAUUGUACAUAUAUAAAUGUAAAUAUAUACAGGCCUAACAUAUAAAACAGACGGUGGGAUUUUUUUUUCCUUUUUGUGCUUGCUUGGCUUGCU